AUGUCUGGUGUCGAAGUGGUUGGUCUUAUCCUUGGAGCACUGCCUCUCGUUAUUUCGGCUGCAGAGCAUUACAAGAAGGGUUUCGAACCCUUGGUCAGAUGGAAAAGAUUUAAAUUUGUCUUCCGAGACUUCAUCACCUCGGUCGAUAUCCAGAGACAAAUGUUCCAACUUGUCCUGAAGAAGCUUUUGAUCCGAGUACAGCUCGAGCCAGAGGAGAAGCAAAUGCUCUUGACAACGCCGGAUUACGAAGGCUGGCGCCGGGCUGACAUUAUCGAAGCCUUGAAAUUGCGACUUGGAGACUCAUACGAUGCAUGUAUAGAUAUUCUGAGGGCAAUGAAUGAGGACAUGGUAGAUUUGCAAGAUAUGAUGUCUCUGAAAGAUGGCACUGUCGACUGGGCUAAUCCUGGAGAGAAACAAUGGAAAUAUCAAGCCAAGAGGAUCCAGCUUAGUUUCAGUGAGAACGGUACAAGGACUGUCCAAGCACUCGAGAAAAAAAUCCAGGACUUGAAGAACCUCUUGGAACUUUUGGAUAGCACUAACGACACAUUGGACGGCAUGAAGACUAUUUCAAAAGAUACUACCUGGGGGAAACUGUUUGAGACCAUUAGGCAACAUGCAGUUGACUUGCAUUCUGCCAUUAAAAAUAGCUGGAAAUGCAAUUGCGAAGCGACCCAUCAAUCCGGUCUCCAGCUGCAAAAACGACAGCCAAGUGAUCUCUCUCCACGAUUCACCAUGAGUUUCGCUCUUCCACCCCGAGAUUCCGCCCCACAGAGCUUGCGGAGAAAGGUGAUCAUACAUGCCAAAGAAUCAAGACACAAUUCGUCACUGGACAGACCAUCCCCCGUUCCUAUUCAAAAAACUUAUAUAACGCAACUUAGAACUAACUUUGAGACCAAGUCUUUACCUGAUGUCAACGUUAAUACGUUGCCAAUUCGAUUUGGUCCUCAGUCUUCAUCCUUUGCCUCGCCCAGCUUUAGUUUUGCAAGCAUAUUUACAAAGAGCGAGUCAAAUGUGACCACCACUUCGAGCAUAUCGAUAGCCGAUGAGACAGAGAUUUUGGUGGACAAUCACUCCAAAAAAUGGGGAGCUAUGCGAAAGUCUAAACCCAAGAAACGCCUUCGCUUUGAGUCCGACUUGCCCACCGCUUCGGGCGAUGUUGAGCGUGCGAAAGAUUUUCCAACCUUGCCUAAGGAACAAAACUUUCCAGUUCUCCCACCAUCUUUAUUUGUAGAUAACUCCGGUGUUAAUAUCAAAAUCGACGACUUGUGCUCCUCAUUGAAAGGCGCAGUUGAAAACACUGAAUGCUUGGGUUACCUCUCAGAUGACGAGCACCAGCAACAUGAGGUCCGAUGGGUCCAAGAAUCAGCACGCGAAUCUCAAGGCCGAGAGGAAAUCAGCCUCGACAAAUUACUCAGCAGUGGUGGCCACCUGAAACUGAGCAGGCAAAAACGAUACAAGAUAGCAAGUAUAAUGGCAUCAUCGCUAUUACAACUUCAGACAACCCCUUGGCUAUCCGAUAAUCUGGAAAAGAAGCAGAUCCUUUUUUAUUACCAAGGUUCUGAUGUAUUCGUUGAUGAACCAUACAUCAACCAUGACUUUGCCGCAGUAACUCAAACCCCAAGAUCAUCACCGACACCACGUAUCCUUCCUCGCAAAACCCUUAGCGGCCUCGGUAUUCUAUUGCUUGAGCUUUGUUUUGGUGAGCCGAUUGAGAACCAGACAGAGCUACGAAAAGGCCAUCUCUCAUCCGAUGGGAAAGCACUCGAGGGCACCGACUACCUUACAGCAAUAGAAUGGCUAGAUAAGGUGGCGGAAGAGGAACCAAAGAUGGCACCCGUGAUCAAAUGGUGUAUCUUCUGUCUUUUUGAGGGGAAGCCAAACUGGGCAGAUAAGACUUUUAUGCAAGCAGUUUAUGCUUCCGUCGUACAGCCGUUGGAGAUGCUUGUAGUUUCGUCUUGA